AUGAGUCCUCAACAGGAAAGACAAGAUGAGCGAGAGCCUCUACUUCAGAAUGGGCACGUCGAUGGCGGAGAAGGCGGGGAUAGUCGCGAGAUCAUCUCGUUCUCUGAGAAUGAUGCGAGUGAUCCUAGACAGUGGACAAAGCGAAGAAAGAUGACCAAUGUCGGUAUUAUUGCAUUGAUGGCCAUCCUUUCGCCUCUGGCAUCAUCCAUGUUUAGUCCUGGCAUCCAGCAAAUAGCUGAUGAUCUCAACACUACUAAAGAUGCUGUUAUUGGAUGUACCACUGGUUUCGUAAUCAUGUUGGGUAUUGGACCUCUCGUUCUUGCUCCUCUUUCGGAGACUUUUGGAAGAAGGAACGUUUACAUCUAUUGCUAUGCGGCAUUCACAGUUCUUCAAGUUCCGGCUGCACUUGCUCCUAAUAUUGCCACUUUGCUGGCUGUCAGGACUAUCUCUGGUUUCUUUGGUGCUGUCGCUAUCGCAAACGGUGGCGGAACUAUUUCAGACAUGUUUGUACCAGAAGAGAGAGCUGGUGUCUUCGGAUGGUACUUACUCGGUCCUCUCCUUGGACCUACACUCGGCCCUCUCUUUGGCGGUAUUAUCGUACAACGAGCAGGCUGGCGCUGGAUCUUCUGGACAACCACAAUCAUCUGCGCCGUUAACACCAUAGUCGGCUAUUUCUUCCUUCACGAAUCCUAUGCACCCGUACUCCUCAGCCGCAGAAAAGCCAGUAUGGAAUCUGAGGAAGGAUCGUCUGGCAAGUACCGCAUCGAAGGCGAAGAUGAACGGCCACUGGGCAAAAAACUGGCUCACUCAUUGAGAAGGCCUUUCAAGAUUAUCACGCAGCCCAUCGUGCUCAUCAUGAGUGCUUACCAAGCCCUCAUUUUUGGCACAACAUACAGCAUUUACACAAACAUGCAAGCCAUCUUCGAAGGCGACUAUGGCUUCGACACCGAACAAGUCGGCCUGCUCUAUUUGGGUCCUGGGUUGGGCUUCCUUACAGCUGUAUGGUUCCUUGUCCCGCAGAUCGAUCGCGUAUAUAAGAAGCUGGGCGAACGCAACAAGCGCGAUCCAGUCCCCGAAUACCGCCUUCCACUAGCAAACAUCGGCUCCGUCCUCAUCCCAGUCUCUCUCUUCUGUUUCUUCUGGGCCGUGGAGAAACAUGCUCACUGGGCUCUCUGCAUCACAGCAACCUACUUCUAUGGUGUUGGUCAAGUUAUGAUUCUCAACUGCACGCAAAACUACUACAUUGAUUCGUUUGAAAAGUAUGCUGCUUCUGCUAUUGCUGCUGGUGCAGUGUUCCGGAGUUUGUUUGGUGGUAUUGUGCCUUUGGUUGCGCCGUCUUUGUUCAAGGCUCUGGGGUAUGGGUGGGGAGGUAGUGUGUUUGGCUUCCUGGCGUUGGCUAUUGCGCCUGCUCCGGUCUUGUUCUACAGGUAUGGCGGCAUGAUUAGAGAGAAGUUCAAGAUUGAGCUGUGA